AUGCCCAAGGUCCAGAAAGGCAAGCGCAACAGCGCACAGGCGGACGCCGCCGCAAAGACUAAGGCUGCCCACAGUAUCUUCAAGAUGAACACAGAUAUUGGCCAGCACGUCUUGAAGAACCCAGGCAUUGCCGAGCAGAUUGUCAACAAAGCCGACCUUAAGCAGAGUGAUAUUGUUCUCGAAAUCGGUCCUGGUACCGGCAACUUGACGGCAAAGAUUCUGGAACAGGCCAAGAAGGUCAUUGCGGUGGAGUUGGAUCCUCGAAUGGCGGCCGAGGUCACAAAGCGUUUUCAGGGAACGCCGGCCCAAAAACGCCUGGAAGUUAUUCUGGGAGACGUGAUGAAGACUGAGCUUCCAUAUUUCGAUGUUUGCAUUAGCAACACCCCCUACCAGAUCUCUUCUCCUCUUACAUUCAAGCUGCUGGCCACAACACCUGCUCCCCGAACUUGCAUUCUCAUGUUUCAGCGUGAAUUCGCUCUACGCCUUUUCGCCAAACCCGGUGACAAGCUCUACAGUCGUCUCUCCGUCAACGCACAGAUGUGGGCGAAGAUUGAUCACAUCAUGAAGGUCGGUAAGAACAACUUCAAGCCUCCACCACUGGUUGAGUCCAGCGUUAUCCGUAUGGUUCCCAAGGUCCCCCGACCACAAAUAAACUAUGAAGAGUGGGAUGGUUUGCUGCGCAUUGCGUUUGUGCGGAAGAAUAAGACAUUGCGGGCUAGCUUCAUCGGUACUCCUAGCAUUAUGAACAUGCUCGAGGCCAAUUACCGCACCUGGUGCGCUCAAAAUGAUAUCCCUGUGGAGGACGGCCCCGUCGACGACGCCGAUGGCGAUGCGAUGGAUAUGGGUGGAGACCAACAGGCCGAUGAGGAGCCCGUGGAUGAGACUAUGGAUAUGGAUGAUGAUGAUGUUCCGGAUUUCUUCAAAGAAGAGACAAACGCUCGCCUUCAGCAAGCGUUGAAGGGUCAGUCCCAGCGGAAGAAGCGUGGUAAAGUUUCGGAGUUGGUACGUGAAAAGGUGCGACAGGUUCUGGAGGAUGAAACCCGCUUGGCCGACAAGCGUGCGAGAAUGUGCGAUGAAAACGAAUUCUUGAAGAUGCUGUGGGCCUUCAACCAGAAAGGUAUCCAUUUCAACUGA